UCUGUCGAAGUUUCUAUCGCAAAAAAAAAAGUCUUCUUCUCUUCCUCUCUCUCCCUCUCGUCUUCUCUCCCUCUCUCUAAGUUUCUAUCGCCAAAAAAAAAAAACAAAUCUCCGAUGGUGGUGUCGAAGAAGAAGCCGAAGGCUGGCAAGAAGCUCCCCAAGGACGCCGGAAAGGCGGCCAUCGGCGGAGAGAAGAAGAAGAGGACGAAGAAGAACGUGAAGACAAACAAGAUCUACAUCUUUAAGGUCUCGGUGUUUGAACAACUUCUAUGUACGAAGUUUUUAUCGAGAAACAUGGUGUUCGUUAAAUUAAAUUAUUAUUUUUUUGUUACAGGUCUCGGUGUUUAAACAACUUCUAGCACUAUUUUUUUGUCGAGAGGACAUGGUGUUCGUCAAUUCAAAAUAGUUCUUUUGCGAUAGAUCGGAGUUGCUGUCGUGGUGAAAAGUGGGAUUUGAAGCUAUAAAUACAAACUACACUAUAUAUGACUAUACUUUUAUAGAUAGUCACAUGUAGUCAUAUACAUGUAGUCAUAUAUAGUCACAUGUAGUCAUAAAGAUGUAGUCAUAUAUAGUCACAUGUAGUCAUAUACAUGUAGUCAUAUAUAGUCACAUGUAGUCAUAUGCAUGUAUUUAUAUUUAGUCACAUGUAGUCAUAUAUAGUCACAUAUUGUCAUAUAGAUAUAGUCAUAUAUAUUCACAUGUAGUUAUAUAUAGUCAUAUAUAAGUUAUGUGGUGAUUCUGAUGUAUAGUGAUGUUGAUGAUUGCAUUUUUUCAAUUUUUUGUUGGGUGCGAUAUUUAUAAUAUCAUUAUUCAAAUUUUGAA